GCACUCCCGCUGGGGACCCGGCCUGCCGCUCGGAGACGUGGGGCGGGGCCCGGCCCGGGGCGACCGCAGGGAAUCCCUACCCUGGCCGGACCCAGACUCCAGACUGGGUUCUCGGAAAGAGAGCGGCGGCGCCAGCUCGGGUUCCCCUCUGCGGGUCCCGGACCCGCGGCGUCACCGAGCUAGCUCCGCCCCAGCCCUCCCUUCUCCAGGUCUCCGUUUUCCGACCUGUCUCUCGGGUGGGGUGGGCACUAAAUGACCUCGAAGAUUCCUACCCUUGCCUCGGUCCGGAGGAAGUCGCCUCACCUCCGUCUCGCACACCCCCUCCAAGGAGGCAAGAUGGCGACUGGGCCAGAUGGACUCGAGGAGUGGGUGGGCAGCGCAUACCUGUUUGUGGAGUCCUCGCUGGACAAGGUGGUCCUAUCUGAUGCCUACGCUCAGGCCCAGCAGAAGGUGCCGGUGUACAGGGCUCUGCGGACUGCGCUGGCAGAGAGUGGCGGGAGCCCAGACGUGUUGCAGAUGCUCAAGAUCCACCGCAGUGAGCCGCAGCUGAUUGUGCAGUUGCGCUUCUGCGGGCGCCAGCCCUGCAGCCGCUUCCUCCGCGCUUACCGCGAGGGGUCGCUGCGCGCCGCGCUGCAAGCGUGCCUGGCGGCGGCUCUCGCCCAGCGCUCCAUGCCUUUGCAACUGGAGCUGCGCGCCGGCGCGGAGCGGCUGGACACCUUGCUGACGGAUGAGGAGCGCUGCUUGAGUUGCAUCUUUGCCCAGAAGCCUGAUCGGCUCCGGGACGAGGAACUCUCGGAGUUGGAGGACGCACUGCAGAACCUGACAUGUGGCUCGGGGCGCCAGGAUGGCGACGUGGAGGUCGCUCCAGCGCCCUCGCAGUCCCUGGCCACCUCCCUCUCAGAGGAGAAGCCGCCGCCGCCGCCGCCGCCUGGCCAGACUUUUCUGUUCCAAGGACAACCCAUAGUGAACCGGCCGCUGAGCCUGCAGGACCAACAGAAGUUCGCGCGCUCAGUGGGUCUCAAAUGGCGCAAAGUGGGGCGUUCCCUGCAGCGAGGUUGCCGAGCGCUGAAGGACCCGGCGCUGGACUCCCUGGCCUACGAGUAUGAGCGCGAAGGGCUCUACGAGCAGGCCUUCCAGCUGCUGAAGCGCUUCGUGCAGGCGGAGGGCCGCCGCGCCACACUGCAGCGCCUCGUAGAGGCCCUCGAGGAGAACGAGCUCACCAGCCUGGCAGAGGACUUGCUGGGCCUCACGAAUCCCGAUGGUAGCCUGGCCUAGACGGGGUACCAGAAAAGGGGCAAUCGGUCAGUUGCCCAACAGGGUUUGGAGCACCUGGAUGACCCUAGGGUCCCUUCUGCUGCUACUGCUGAGAUCCUAUCCAUCCACAGGACUCUGAGACCACACUUACAACCCCGCUUGGCCCAGCUGUUGGAGCUCCUGGGCAGUGUUGACUGCCUUCUCCAGGAGUUGGGCAAGCACCCACCAUGCCUGUUGGGGUGCCACUGGGGAUUUGGCCCCAAAUACUAUGAUAGCAGUAGAGUGCGUGGGCGGCCUACUCCAGCGGUUUACCCACCCCAAAGGCACGGCUUCUGGCCAGCCCUUACCUCUUCAUUCAUUGAACAACUAAACUACUUAUGAAGCACUUGCUGUGUCCUAGCCAUCAUCCUGGGUGCUGCAAAUACUGUGGUGAACAAGAUACACAAACCUCCCUGCCUCCAAUUCAUACUCAGUGUCAGACUGCAAAUUUUAAGCAAUAGUAAUAAAAUAUUACCUGUUUUUUUA